AGUUCCCACGGUAUCAAACCGCCCCGUUAUACUCGUAUCCGUUUUAAUAUGCGCCUCCUCAUCGAGCGAAACCGUUGUUCUUAUUUUCAUGGCAUCACAUAGUCCGUGAGGGUUGAAGUUUUGCAAGAACGAGCAUACAUACACCUGACGAGCGAAAGUCAAGAUGUCUUCCUCCACGACAACCUCGAGCAAGAAGCAGGUUGGUAUGAGAGUGCACAUCUCCCCCUCCCCCCUCAUUUGAAUGGCAUAAACAGCAACGCAAGUGCUGGUAAAAAUGCAGCUUUGCAUGACAAACUACUCGCGACCCAGUCUAGUGCUGUUUCGGCUUCCGAAAUCUGUAAUGCAAGAUGUGCCAAAGAGAAAUGAAAAGGGGGGACUUGGUAUUUUGCAUGACAAACGAGGGGAAGGGGGAGUUGUGCAUUGUCAUGGCUGGCGGUUACAUCCUCGACAAAAAGAUCGGGAAGGGCAGCUUUGCGGAAGUUUGGAAGGGCCGCGUGGAGCAAACUGGGGAAUUAGUUGCGGUGAAAGUAAUUUCCCGGCAGACCGUGCAAGAGACCGCGCAGCUGAAGCAGGAGGUGGCGGUGUUGAAAAAGCUCCAAUCCCCCCACAUUGUUCGGUUCCGGGAUUUGAAAAAAUCCGCGAGCUAUCCUGUGUAAAAACGUACCCACACCAUAGUUGUCAUGCUACUCUGCAUGCUUAAAAUGUUUCUCAUGCGGAGCCCCAUGAGAAGCAUUUUCUAAUGCGGUUUGGAAAUCUGUCAUGAAGUCGUGGGGCCGACAGUUCCGUAAGAUGCAUCGCGACCCUGCGCGUGAAAUCUUUACUCCCCGCACACCUGCGACCACACCGCAGCGACGCAGAUUGAAGUGUGAGCGACUACAGCGGGAGAAGCAAAAUGAGACGGAGGCGUGGCUCCACAUGCCCCAGCCCAACCCGUUCCUUGAUAUCAGCCCCAUGCUGAUGGUCCCGGCUAAGACAAUUGCUGAGAUCGAGGCGAGGGAGGACCAGCUAGAAAGCUUCUUCCGAUUUUGGACUCCCACCCUGCAGCGAGUACAGAGGCUCCCUACAGCUUACCGCCGACCACGCAGUAACAGCUUCACUCCACCCAUCCACUCCAGACCCAGCAGCCCGCAGACACUGCAAGAGUGGCUGCAUUGUGUGUAGUAGGUAGACCUCGCCAGUUUACAUCAAGCAUUCCAAUAAAACGAAAACAUUUACAGGAAACAGCACGGGAGUGUGCUUGCUCAAUAAACAAUUUAAAGUAGUAGAUUAUAGUAGCUUUCAUUUUCUUCCCUUUUCAAUUUUCGACUUCAUUUUGUUAACUUCGUGACUGUCUUCUCGUAUCUAUCUAGUAUUUUGUCGCGCAGAGCUUUUCUUUGAACUCGACUUCCUCGGUUUAGCCACAUUUUAGCAACAGCUGAGCAAAGGCUCUUCCUUCGUUCUUUAUGCAGCAUCAAAAGCACCAGCUAGACUAAGAUCUUCCGCGGGACUAGCACUGUAGGCGCGCACUGCUGUUGCAGUGGUUUUUCUAAAAAAAAAAAAAAAUAAAAAACAGUAAGACGCCACGAGAGACAGUGACGACCCCCGACGGACUCGAGGCCUGGUAUAAAGGGAAGGGGCUGUUAGUGUAUGACGCGGAGCUAUACUGGUUUUCAGCCUUUUCAAUUAAGAUAUAAGACGCCCGAACUUUUAUGGAAAGCUUGCUAUUGCUCGGGUUUGUUUAUCCUUUAUCUUCUCAGGCAGUGCAAGUCGCAACGCAGUCAAGUAGAAGUAGACCUGGCGAGGGCCUAUCCCACAAGUUUCGCUUCGAAGUAGUGCGAUCGUGACGUGAGCAGCGCUACGAGGGGAGUGGAGCUCGACGUAGAUAGCCGGGAAGACGGCGGUAGUUCUGCGCACGAAUCUGACACCCCUCCUGACAAGGCCUACCAAAGUGCCUACCCACACAUCUAGACGCCGAGGACAGUAGAACAGCACUGACGAUGUCAGACGAGAACAGUAGCCCGCUGCAGCGGGUACGUCUGUGCUUCGAUUCCCCACAAGACAGCCCGCUCCAGGUCCAAGAUGACGCGCCACCGUGUGGUGAAGAGGGAAGCUGGACGACAUCGGUCCAGGCGUGCACGGAGCAGAACCAUAUGCCGGCUAAUCCGUUCGUCCAGCUCCCUGAAACACCUUCAUACGAUCUCGGACUUACCCAGGAAUCUACAAUAUUCCAAAUCGAGCGAUUGCUGCUGACGCGCGCGAACUCUACGGACGACCCCACGCAGCGAAUAGCAAGUUCCGCACCCUCCUCAUUUUCUGCUCCUUCGUCGUCACGUCCGGAAACUGAGUCCAUGUCUACCAGCAACUCCACUGGCUCCCCAGCUUCACCCUGGGACACAACACGCGACUACUGGGAGUUUUCCAUCCGCUGGCACUUCGUGCCCGGAUACGGAUGGGCUAUGGAAGACUCCGUUGAUCGAGCAAAUGCCGAGGUGCUGCAGAUGGAACUAGAUGGACUACUGGGCCCGUUCAGCUGCCCGCGACCAUCCUCGUACCGGCAACCAGACUGGUACUAGAGCCAAAGAAUUACACCGUGCUGCCCAUAGUCCUCCUCCUACCACUACUAACCGACACGAACAAGAAUACCAACCUGGUGACACAAGGCGCAAAGAAUGAACAAAUUAACGAACAAGAUAAUGAACAAGAUAAUGAACCGCGAAAAACAGUCAUCUGUACAAUUUUUUGGAGAACCGAACAACGACGAGGAACAACGACGUAAAACAACGAAGAAGAACAACGACAAGAGACAAUAGAGAUCAGAGCAUGAGAAUUUUCAUUCUAAAGUCAGAAUGUUCGCGCCCGGCGGUUUUCUUUGGGGUACCAUCUCCGCUGGCCCUUUGGUCACCGGUGGUUUUCUUUGGGGUACCAUCUCCGCUGGCCCUUAGGUCACUGACGGGUCUUUCUGCGUUGCCGUUCAUAGCGGUUCUACGGCGGGCCUUUCUGCGUUGCCGUUCCUAGCGGUUCUACGGUAGGUCUCUACGCAUGUUCGUCCCGGUGGUGUGGCUGGCGGGUUUCGGUUUUUUACCCGACUGGGCCUUCACUGUCGGAUGUGUCGCCUGGGCACGCGCCCCGUGACUCAUCUGGGUUUGGUCCCCAACACCGCUUCUUUUCCGUGCUCCGACGGUUGUAGGUUUCUACCUUCCUCGGGUGGUUCUCCUUCGGCGGCGGUCGCUCGGCUUCGUCUCUUGCGUGUUUCCCGGGUCCCCUCCCGGGAGGUACCCUUUUUCACCUCGGCCUUUCGGGCUUCGUGGGGGGCCGGGUUGUUUGUGGGUCCCGUUCUCCCUCCGCGGGUGGCGGGGCUGAGGGUCCUUUCCUUCGGCCCGUUGUUCUGUUUCGCGGAUGCCAUGACGGUUGUAGGUCUUUGGUUCCUCUGGUGCUGGCUUCGCUUCUUCUCCUCGUGUCCCCGGCAUCUUACUCUUGCUCUGCUUUUGCUGGUCCUGCUUUUUCUCUCCGUCUCCUCCUUCCCUCAUGUCCCCAACAAAGCAAGGUUUCCUGCUGCGCUUGGGUCUCCACUGUCGUUCUUGACGGAGCCCUUUUUGGCUUGCGGCCCAAAGUUCAAAAAUCUAUGAUCUCUAUUCUCCAGGGCAGGUAAGAAAACGGUCUUUAUGUACACGCGAGGUAUCGUGUACGUGCAAUCAUGUUCUUUUCCAAACAUCACCAGGAACUUAGAACUACGCAAGACUACAUAUUUUUUUAAAAAAUUAGCGCACAAUGAUGAAUCUAUGGUUUGCUUCGGGUCUCGGUCUUUAUACACUUCGUCUGUGACCGAGAUGCGUACAAGCAAAAAGCUUCUCGUGACUGAAAGCGCGCAGUAGUGUAGUACAAAAGUAUGGAGUUGAACUUAUAGAGGUAUAAUUUGUAGUAGUCGUUGCAAGAAAAAAAGUAAACACUCAAUGAAUAGUUCUACGAUCUCGUGAUGAGAAGUGCACGCUAUCACUCGGUACGUCUUUCGUGUGAAUGCGUUGAACUACGUCAAACUAUCCUCUGAAAAACUUCGUUGAAAUACUCUCGCUGCACGACCUACCAACGGUAGUAGAUAUUUUUUCUCGUUAUGCUUGCUCUGGCCGCUACGCCUGCCCUUUGUCGCUUCGCUCUGAUUGACCUGCGGGUUCCAAUCUCUUGCUUCGCGGUCUUGUUGCGGUUGGCCUGCUGGCUCCAACCUGGUUGUUUACUUUGCUCUGCCUUGUUUUUCAGUGGCUUGUCUGCUGGCAGACGGUAAAGAGAUUAUCCUACAGUGGUGAGCAUGCACCCUCGGGCGCUGUAGGUUUGGUCAUCUUUCUCUUUACGCGAGCACCUACCCUUCUUCUGUACCUUUUAUGGUAUGUUGGCCCAUACCAGUACAGUUCUCGGUCGGGUAGGACCCCGGGUGGCGGUAGUCUGCUUCUUGUCUUGAUAUUUUUGCUGCUGCUGGGCUGCCCUGCUUGCGCGCCUUUCUCUUCUUCGAUGCUGCUCUCGUUUUCCUCGUACUUGACCAGCGGAUAGAUGCGUAACAAUUCGUUGCUCUACCCUCUGUUGCCCAAUCGUGACUCUACCCUCUGUUGCCCAAUCGUGACCAUGCCCGUAGGAACUACUUUAAUACUGUCUCUACGACUUUUGACUUCAUUCAUAACCUUCAAAUGUAUUCCUACCUAACUUGUAUUUUUUGUUUUUUCUCUGUACGAUUGGCCAAAGCGCCACCGGGACAGCCUGCCCGUAGACCACCGAUGUCAUGCGCCAAUCAGCAUGAGAUACUAGAUCUGUAAUGCUGCUUAGCUAGCUCAAACAGCACUACACUACGCGUCCAAAUUUGUCAUGCGAAACAGCCAAAGCUUAUGGAUUUGUCUAGCGGAUUUCCCAUCUUGACUCUGGUGUGGGGACAUUUUUACUCAGGAUA